UGAGACAUAUGAUAUGUUUUAGAAGAUGGUACCAAAUAAAUCUUCGAAUAACUCUCGCGCAUCCAUUGUUAUCAAAUUGAUUAAGGCUUGACGUAAACCCACUCUAUGUUUCCUGUGGAGGAGUAAUCCGCCCAUCGUGGCUCGAAUACGGAGUCGCGGAGCCAGGCGCAUUGAUGUGCCGCAGCUUCAGCGACAAUUCUGGCCUGCGCGUAGCUUGGUAAAGCAAGGAGGCUCAGUUUGUUGCAGGCGGCUCUGCCGCCUGCGUAUCUCGUGUGAGGGCGCUGGGGAAGGAUCCAUCUUCAGCAGUUGCAAAAGGGCGCGUAGAGGCUGUUAGACUCGCGUUGGUCUUCGUCUGCUCUCGGGUUCUUCACAUGGAUUCACUCCAGUUUGGGAGCAUGUUUCCGUCGUCUACAGCAACAGGUUUGCGCUGGCGCUUUAGAACGAAGUGAAGCUAGAUCGGCUUUUAAGGGUUGAAGCAUUUCAUUUGUACAUACUUUUCUCCCUUAGCAUUGCUAUCUGAUCAUGAAAUGGCUCAGCGUUUAAGGCUGGUAUUGCUUUCAGAAACUCCUACAGAGAGAAGAGCUCCGAAGGCGAGGAAAAACCGCUCCAAAAAGGGAGGAAAUUUCUUCCAACCUGUUGCCGCUUCGUGGGCCGAGGUACUUAUUUUCUUUCGGGCUCCUGUCUGUUUGUUCUGCAUUUCUUGCGUAUCCCCGCCCCCCGAACCCAAAGCGACAGUGGGCGAGCGUUUGGACAAGAUUCUUCUGGGGCAAGCGUGCGAGAGGGUUCGCAGGGCACCCAGGUUUCAAUUUUGCAGUGUUUGCUGAACUCCGGGAGGCUGCGAGACGAAUACGCAAUGGAUUUUUUCCAUGGCCCCUCCUUGCGCACUGAGCUUUUUUAAGUCUUCCGCUUGCUUUUCUCCAAUGCAGUGGAGAUAAUCAAAAACAAAAAGCGCAAGCCUUGAAGCGGUGCAUUCAUCAACAAAUAUAUGAAAGAUAGUGAUUGUUCCAAAUAAUCGCAAUUAUAGUUAAGAUGUCAUGUUGAUAGACCUGCUGGUAUUACUUACAGCGAUAUGAUGUUGUACAACAUGUAGAUAGAGCAAAUUCGUUUUCGUAGAAGUAAAAAAAUAGGGAACAUUAUUAAGUAUCAGAAAUUAUGAUUAUCAUGAAAUAAAGAUAGAGGGUAAGCUAAAAAGGAUGUAGGUAGUCCUACUUCUCGCGCUGUGCGCUAGUUUGGUGAGCCGGUACCCUGGAGCGAGCUAGUAGGUGCGCAUAGCGCGAGAGCCGAGCACUUCUCUGGGGCAUGCACAGGCCCCGGCCGCCUUAGAUGAGAAGACCUCCAGGGCAGUUGGGCGAACUCGAGGCGCCUAGAAUAUACGGCUCCUAGCAUAAACGUGGCCACUAUAGUUCUUUU